UUUCUCCCCGGGAAGAGAAGAGAAUCACGAGGCCAAGCAAGCGGAGCACUCGUCUGGCUCCCAGCCUAUUUUACUCACAGGUCGCAGCGAUUUUGCUCGGUUCGGACACUACGCCACCCAACGAAUGUCCAUGAGCCAACACUGUUAAUUCAUCCUAAUCGGGUUCUGGUUGAGCCUUUAAGGUAUGCUCCUCUGGAAAAUCAUGUCCCAGAGCUGAUUGUUAAUGCAACAGACUUGCAGCCACUCCUUGAAACUCCAGGCGAGGAAAGGAGAUUGAGUUCAUACCAAUGUUCGUCUAAGUUACAGAUGGAGGGAAAGACUGAGGAAGUGGAAGAUAUUGGAAGUGCUUCUGGUGGUUCACUUAUUGAUGAUUCAGAUGAUGGGUCUUCAACUUCUGAAUUAGAUGGCAGGGCACAUCUCGAGGAACCUUUGACUGAGGAAGAAAUAGAAGGUCUGAUUGCUGAGUUGUUAGAAGUUGAGAGCAAGGCUGCAGAGGCUCAAGAAGCUCUUGAGGAGGAGUCUCUUAACAAAGUAGAGAUUGAGGUUAGGCGAGAGUUGGAGCAAACUCUUCAAGGAGAUGAUUUGGAAUCUGCUGUUGCAGAUGAGAUGACUACUCUCAAAGAAGAGUGGGAAGCUGUUCUGGAUGACCUUGAGACUGAAAGUGCCUAUUUGCUGGAACAACUUGAUAUGGCUGGUGUGGAGCUGCCAAGGCUUUAUAAGUGGAUAGAGAGGGAGGCUCCCAGUGGUUGUUUGACAGAAGCUUGGAAAAAGAGGAAUCAUUGGGUAGGUACUCAGGCAACUGAAGAAUUUGCUGAGUCAGUUGCUGAUGCUGAGAAGCAUCUAGAAGUCUACAGACCUGUUAGAAGACGACAUGGCAAACUGUUGGAAGAGGGUGCCAGUGGAUUUCUUAAAAAAAAACUUGAUGAAUCCAUUGAACCGGUAAAGGAAAAAACUGAUGUGGAUUGGGGUAUGUUUAACAAAAUAUUUCACGAUGGUGGUGAUGCUGAUGCUUCAUUUGGCUGUAAGAAUUGGGCUUCUGUUUAUUUGGCCAGCACUCCGCAACAAGCUGCACUGAUGGGCCUUGAAUUUCCUGGUGUCAACGAGGUGGAGGAGAUUGAUGACAUUGAUGGCACUUCUACUGAUCCAUUUAUUGCAGCUGCAAUUGCAAAUGAAAAGGAACUAGAACUUUCUGAUGAACAGAAGAGAAAGUUUAAAAAGGUCAAAGAAGAAGAUGAUGUAAUUGUUGAUCGGAAGCUUCAAAUCCAUUUAAAACGAAGGAGGUAUCGGAAGAAUAAAAAACAGAGGGAAACCAUAGAGAGUCUCAAGGAAGAAACUUGUGAUGAUAGUGAAAAGGUGGCUAACAAUGAAGUUGAAUGUCUGAAUAUGAAGAAUGAUAAUAUUGAAGAUCUGGGUGGCAUUUAUGACCUUGACAAAGUGAAGCCUAUGAAUAUUGGCCCUUUGUCAGAGCUCUCUAAAUCUUCAUUGCCUGAUGUUGAACAAAGAGGUACCAAGCGACUAAAUGAUGGUGAAGAGUAUAGUGAUACGAAAAAGGGUCGGACUGUCACUAUUAACAGUGGUGAUGAAGCUGAUGCAGUUGAAAAUAAUAUAGUUAGGGAUACAAAUGCAUUAGAUAAUCAGUCUGAGAUGCAAGGCACUUGUGCUAGCAUUGCUGAUAGUCUUCCUUCACAGCACCUGGACAAGAAGUUUUGCUGCACUGUUUGUGAUAAAGUGGCUCUUGAAGUUCACCAACAUCCUCUUUUGGAAGUUAUUAUUUGCUGGGAUUGCAAUUCUUUAAUGGAAGAAAAGAAACGUGUGAAGGAUCUCAAUCCUGAUUGCUCCGAGUGUUAUUGUGCAUGGUGUGGGGGAAGCAAUGAAUUAUUAGUUGCUGCAAGUCAUGCAAAGUGUUGUUCUGCAACAAUUGCAUAA